AUGUCAGUAGUUCCUCUAGGCAACUAUUUAUAUCUAAGUUGGUUCACUUCUCUCUCUUUCCCAUUCUUUUUCUCCUAUCUAUCUAAGUUUUCUCCUAUCUAUCUAUCUAUCUAUCUAUCUAUUCCAGUUUUCUCCUAUCUAUCCAUUUCAGUUUUCUCCUAUCUAUCUAUCUAUCUAUCUAUCUAUCUAUCUAUCUAUCUAUCUAUUCCAGUUUUCUCCUAUCUAUCUAAGUUUUCUCCUAUCUAUCUAUCUAUUCCAGUUUUCUCCUAUCUAUCCAUCUAUCUAUCUAUCUAUCUUUUUCAGUUUUCUCCUAUCUAUCUAUCUUUUUCAGUUUUCUCCUAUCUAUCUUUUUCAGUUUUCUCCUAUCUAUCUUUUUCAGUUUUCUCCUAUCUAUCUAUCUAUCCCAGUUUUCUCCUAUCUAAGUUUUCUCCUACCUAUCUAUCUAUCUAUUCCAUUUUCUCCUAUCUAUCUAUCUAUCUUUUUCAGUUUUCUCCUAUCUAUCUAUCUAUCUAUCUUUUUCAGUUUUCUCCUAUCUAUCUAUCUAUUCCAGUUUUCUCCUAUCUAUCUAAGUUUUCUCCUAUCUAUCUAUCUAUCUAUCUAUCUAUCUAUUUCAGUUUUCUCCUAUCUAUCUAUCUAUCUAUCUAUCUAUCUUUUUCAGUUUUCUCCUAUCUAUCUAUCUAUCUAUCUUUUUCCAUUUUUUUGACCUAUCUAUCUAUCUUUUUCAGUUUUCUCCUAUCUAUCUAUCUAUCUAUCUAUCUAUCUAUCUAUCUAAGGCUCGAAAAAAAAAAUUGGUUUUCUUCCCCAGUUAUCAAUUCUUGUCUUUUUCUUUAG